AUGGGCCAGGAGCUGAUUGUCAACUGGACCGUUCAUGACAUCCAUCCCUGUUAUGAAUUGCAGGGGGAGAACUAUGUAUUCACCACAAACCCUUCCAUCACGUGUGUGUUGUUGUAUGUUUUACUUGGUGCAUUAUCUGUUGUCACUAUAUGCGGAAACCUUCUGGUGAUCGUCUCCAUCAUGUACUUCAAACAGCUCCACAGUCCCACUAACUCUCUCAUCCUCUCUCUGGCCGUGGCCGACCUGCUGGUCGGAGUCAUCGUCUUUCCUUUCAGCAUGAUCUUCACUGUGACCUCCUGCUGGUAUCACGAGGGUUUGUUCUGUAAAGUGCGAGGCACCUUUGAUGUCAUGCUGAGUACUGCCUCCAUUUUGAACCUAUGCUGCAUCUCCAUUGACCGAUACUACGCGGUGUGUCAGCCGCUGAUUUACAGAAGUAAAAUCACUGACCGUGUCAUUGGGUUGAUGGUCCUGGUGAGCUGGGGAGUUGCUGCUCUGAUUGGAAUUGGCAUCACAGUUGCAGGUUUCAAUCAAGGGAAGUGUGAGGACAGUUGUUUAAUUGAUGCACUAAUAUCCACCACUCUAGCUUGCAUAUUCGCCUUUUACAUCCCUGUUAUAAUCAUGCUCAGUAUCUACCUUAAAAUUUUACUCGUUGCUCACAAACAAGUAACCAGCAUCCACAAUACAACCUGUAAGAGCACAAAGUCUGGAGCAGUUGCCACCAAGAUGGAGAGAAAGGCCACCAAAACUCUGGCUACGGUCAUGGGAGUUUUCCUCUUAUGUUGGACUCCUUAUUUCCUUUGCAUCACUUUUCAGCCUUUGACAUUUGACUCAACACCAGUGGCUGUUAUUGAAACCCUGAACUGGCUCACCCUGUCCAACUCCAUGCUGAAUCCAUUCAUUUACGCUUUCUUCUACAGCUGGUUCCGGUCAGCUUUCAAAAUGAUCAUUUCUGGGAAGAUAUUUAGAGGUAAUUUUUCUAACUGUAAACUUCUUUGA